UUCUCUAUUUCUCUCGCUCGUUUAUUUGUGGGGCGAGGUCGAGCGCCACGCUCUUCUCUCGACCGACCAGCCUCGCUCCCAGAUCUCAGCUGGCGAAGAAGCGUAAUCCUUCUUUUCCGAUCGGAGGUGGGCGGAACUCCUUCGCCCGUCCUUAUGCUUCCGCCGACCGGCGUCACCUUUUGCUGUUUUUGGUCUUCAGGGCGUUAGACUUCGGCGUCCGGGUGCCAUGAAGGGGCUCGAUGCGGGAGGAAACCCUAGGAGCGAUGCCGUCGGGAGCUUCUCCGCCAGUGGAUCAGAUCUGAUGGACCUGGAGAUCGAUGCUUGAAUUUAUUUAUGCUCGUUUACAAGGAGCAGUCUGAAUGCUUCUUCAUGUUAAUAUGAAGCUUAGUUUUUGCUGGAAGGCGUUCUUGAUGCUCUUUCUUUUGCUAUUUGAGUACCUUUCUUCUUGACGCUCUUGCUGCCAAUCCUAAAUAUAGUAGUCUUCUGUUUGAUGCUUCACAAUAUGCAUUCUUCAAUAAAGGUGGCAUGGAGGAAGUUGAGUUAGGUGGUUUGGAGUAUGAUGAUGACUUUCUUGGUCUUGAGGAGGAAUCCAAGUUUCCUUCUCUUGGUGAUAAAGAGAUUGAAAGCUUAGGGUCCUUAUCUGAGAUUGAUGACCUGGCAACAACUUUUAGAAAGCUGAACAGAGUCGUCAAUGAACCAAGGAGUGUUGGUGUUAUUGGUGAUAGAGGGUCUUUUUCUAGAGAAAGUUCUUCUAAUGCGGACUGGACACAAGAAGCUGAUUUUCCAAGCUGGAUUGAUCAUCAAAUAUUUGAUGCUGAAGAUGUGCAAGAAAGCAAACGGUGGUCGUCACAACCACAUGCUACUCCAUCUCAAUUUGAUGAACUAAAGUCCCUGUACCGUACAUCUUCUCAUCCUCACCAACUGCAGCAUCAUUACUCUAUUGAAUCAAUCAAUGUGCCCAAGUCAUCUUUCACUUCCUACCCACCACCUGGGGGACAAAGCCUUCCUCUAACACGCCAUUCAAGCUUACCAUCAGUGGGUAUAGCAGAGCUGAUAUCUACUCCAAUUCCUUAUUCUGGUCCUCAAAAUCAGUUGGGAGGAUUGCGUCAUGGUCUUCACUAUAAUCCAAGUAUGCAGUUUACACAUUCUGGUGUUUCAUCAGCCAGUUUGCCAAGAAAUUACUUGUUGAAUCAUUCUGACCUCUUUGCCGGGGAGAACUGCAAUCUGUUGCCUGACUUAUUUUCACAUCAGUUACCUCCACAAGGUGGUUUAAUUUCACCACAGUUUCUGUCACAGCUACAACAGCAGAGAUUGCUCCGGCAAUCCCUCACCCAUUACUCUCACCUGCAACCUAAUUUAUGCAACCGGUAUUAUCAUCCUCAGAUGAUGACAAACAACUUUGAGUCAGUUAGUGGAAUGCCUAAUUUUAGAGAGCAUAGAUUAAAAUCUCACAGAGGAAAACAGAAUAUGCGAUUGUCACAACGGUCAGAAACUGGCAGCUUGAAGAGUGACAGUGGUUUUCAAUUUAGAUCAAAGUACAUGUCCGGACAAGAAAUAGAAAGCAUUCUGAAAAUGCAGCAUGCGGUGACACAUAUUACUGAUCCUUAUUUGGAUGAUUAUUACCAUCAAGCAUGUCUUGCAAAAAAAUCAUCUAAUUUAAGAUUAAAGCAACCAUUUUGUCCAACAGCAAUAAAGGAUCCUCCAUCACGGUCACGUUCUAAUAAUGAAUCUCAUGUUCAGGUUGAUGGACUUGGAAGAGUUUCAUUCUCUUCGGUUCGCAGGCCUCGUCCUCUCCUUGAGGUUGAGAUGCCAUCUGCAUCAGGUGAUGAUCAGAAACCCUCUAUGAAGCCUCUUGAGCAGGAGCCUAUGUUGGCUGCUAGGAUCACUGUUGAAGAUUGUAUUAGCCUUCUUCUGGAUGUGGAUGAUAUUGAUCGAGUUCUACAGAAUAACCAACCACAGGACGGUGGGUUGCAACUGAAGCGGAGAAGACAGGUUCUUCUUGAUGUCAUUGCUGCAUCACUCCAGCUUGUUGAUCCAUUUGGUCCUGGUAAAUCUGAUAACUCAGUCGUGUUUGCCCCAAAGGAUGACCGUGUUUUCCUACGUAUCAUUUCUCUUCCGAAGGGUAGAAAGCUCAUAUCACGCUAUCUUCACCUUCUGCCUCCUGGAAGUCAUCUGACAAGAGUAGUCUGCAUGGCCAUUUUCCGCCACCUUAGGCUUUUGUUUGGCGGUCUACCUUCAGAUCCUAGUGCAGCAGAGACAACCAUCAACCUUUCCAAGACUGUGUCUUCAUGUGUGCGCAAUAUGGAACUUAGCGCUCUUGGUGCUUGCCUGGCUGCAGUGGUAUGUUCAUCUGAACAACCACCUCUGCGUCCUAUUGGAAGUUCAACUGGUGAUGGAGCCAGCAUAAUUAUAAAGUCUGUUCUCAAUAGAGCUACAGAACUUCUAACAGAACCCCACGUCACAAGCAACUACAGUUUCGCCAAUCGAACUCUGUGGCAGGCAUCUUUUGAUGCUUUCUUUGGGCUUCUAACCCACUAUUGCCUGAGCAAAUAUGACAGUAUAAUGCGAAUGCUGCUUGUCCAAGCAUCUGGCAUUUCAAUGGCAGGACCUGAAGCAACCAUAGCCAUUAGCAGAGAGAUGCCUGUCGAGCUGUUGCGUGCAAGUCUUCCUCACACAAACGAACAUCAGCGCGAGAUGCUGCUUGAAUUUGCUCAGAGGUCCAUGCCUAUUACCGAUACUGGUACUCGUGGAGGUCAGAGCAGACCUGAUAGUUCUGAGUCCGUGCCAGGAUGAUACACCUAAAGAUACAAAUCUCUCGAUACCACUCAAGUGAUUUCAUUUCUCUCCAUUAUGUUUGAACACAGAGAUACCUGAUGGCACACUACACUUGAAUCCUGGAUCACAAAUCAGUCGUAGGUUUCGGGUAAAACAGAGAUAGUUUCACUCCUCUCACUUCAACUUCUAUGUUCGAAUAGAAUAAUGUUAACAUUCAUGCAAGAACGUUGGUAGAGUUGCAACUGUGGUUUCGUCGAGGGAGCUCAGUUUUGAUUGCCUGCCUUAGUUCUCCUUGCAAAUGUGAUAGUGAUAGAAAUUGUACAGGACCUUUUAUCGCCAUCUUCUCUUGGACUUGAAGAAUCGCCAAAUUGUGUUUUAUGUGCAGACUGCUUAAUUUAGGAGUUGCUUAAAUUCAAUGCUGGUGGCUUUCAUGGUAA